AUGGCAACUUAUUUUGGAGUUACCUCAGCAGUGUUUUUCAUCUGGGGUUUAACAUUCAUGGCUCAAAAUUACUUUAUAACAGGUUCUGUUCUUUCACCUUGCAGAAUCACAGGUGUAGGAAUUUAUUUUGAGAAGAAAGUGAAUUUCUCAGAAGCAAGUAAUGCAUGUGAUCGACUGCACCUACAAUUAGCAAGUAAAGACCAAGUUGAAAAAGCUUUGAAAUAUGGCUUUGAAACAUGCAGCUAUGGAUGGGUGAAAGAUGGAUUUGUUGUCAUUCCUCGGAUAACAUCCAAUGUGAAAUGUGGUAAGGGCAAUGUUGGACUAGUGCUAUGGCACGCUGAAACCUUUAAAACAUUUAAGGCUUACUGCUUCAAUUCCUCAGAUGUUCAGAUUAAUUCAUGUAAACCAGAUCCACCUACAACCAUACUACCUUCGUCAAGUGCACCAACUGACCUAACUGCACAUUCAGACUCUGAUUUGACUGAGAACACCACAACAGUGCCCAGUGUGACUGAGUCAGAACAAUCCCGGAAAAAUGUAAAAUUUCGUGUAAUAUGUAUAACUGAAACUAUACUGCCAACAGAGGGCACGACUACAACAAUGCCAGAGGAAUACUCACCGAUGGACUCUCCUAACUACACUUCCCAUGCUGCCUUUAAGAAUGAUGCUAUUGUCUUUGGAGGUAUCCCCACUGCACUUCUUGUACUGGCAGUCAUCUUCUUUAUUAUUUCAGUUGUUUUAGCAGUCUGCUAUAUCAAAAAGUACAAGAAAACCUUCCCAUUUUCAAACAAGAACCAGCAAAAAGAAUUGGUUGAAACUACUGCUGUCAGAGAGGCUAAGUCAAAUGACAAAACACCUAAGAAGGAAACAAAGAAUAAUGGAAAAAACAUAGAAGAUUCUAAAACCAAGCCUGAGGUCACAGUAAAAUGUCUAGAAGCAGAAGUGUAA